AUGUCGUACGCCAACCGAUUCCCGUCCUCCCAGCACACCCGUUAUCGCAGUAGCUGGGGCCCGUCCUCGGUCUCCGUCUUCAAUCGCGCCGACGUGCCGCGACCCUCGCCGGAAGAGGAAGAGUUCGAGUUCUAUCACGAGCGGCUGCACUCGGCGCAGAGCCGCCAGCUGAUACCACUACAGGAGGACUUGGCCGAUUGGAUCAACAAGACGAUAAAUGUGGAUUACAUAACGGGUGACAAUUUCUUCGACGUGCUGGAUAAUGGGGUGAUUGUAUGUCGACUGGCAAGAGUUAUUCAGGAAAAGGCGAGAUCCGCGGUGGAGGCUGGGCGGGCGAAGGGACCGGCGCCGGUGAUACGUGGACGUUGCUGGGAGAACGCGGCGCGACGCAGCUUCUUCUCUCGCGACAACAUGGAGAAUUUCAUACAAUUCUGCCGGCGGCUGGGCGUCCACGAGAAUCUUCUCUUCGAAAGCGACGAUCUCGUUCUGCACGGCCAACCACGGAAUGUUGUGCUGUGUCUGCUGGAAGUCGCGAGACUGGCGGCCAGAUAUUCCCUGGAGCCGCCCGGACUCGUGCAGCUCGAGAGGGAAAUCGCGGCGGAGCAGGAAAGGGAUCUUCACUGUUUGUCCGACAGCGGUAUAUCCCACAGCAGCCUCGUCUCCUGGCAGUUCCAGUCGCCGUCGCCGACCGCGACACCCAGGCCGUCGCCGGAGAAGAUCAAACAUAGCAGCUCGGCAUCCGAAGUCACAACAACCGGCACACGAUGGCUGGACCCGGUGACCGGUGCUACGCACGAAUCUGAGAUGCGAAGGUCCGUCAGUGACAACGGGCCGACUGGAAGUGACGGGGUGCCUAGCGACACUACCGAGGACGACUGGUCCCGCGGCAGUGUCGAAGACCCCGACGAGGUGCCGUCGCCGUCGAGCUCGCCAUCGCCAUCGUCGGCCGAGCCACCGGAGCACCCCGGACCGAUAACAGAACUCGAUCGCAAGGUGCGAAGAGCCACCGAGGCCGUCCAGAGACUCUGCCAGUGCCCGUCGAACAAAUGCUCCAAGCUGAAGGUGCGCAAAGUCGGCGAAGGCCGCUACCAUAUCGCGGGACGUAACGUCUUUAUCAGACUUCUCAAGGGGAGACACAUGAUGGUGAGAGUGGGCGGCGGAUGGGACACUCUGGAGCAUUUUCUGGCGAGGCACGACCCCUGUCAGAAGUGCAAGAGCACAGUGUGCAAAGGAAUACCAAAGCAAAGAAACAUGCGACGAGUAAUGUCGGCUCGUUGAAGCUAAUUAAACCGUCAUCCGUGAUCCGUUUAUCCGUGCGUGUCAGUUGCAGUCGGGAAGAUUUUGUGGUCGUGUUUCGACGAAAAUCGACGUCUCUUUCAUACAAAAAUUAUCCUUCACGAAAAUAAUCCGUUCACGGCGUUCCAUCAUCCUUUGCGAAAUAGAAUCAGUGUUAAAUUGCGAUUUGCACUGUAAUGCAAUAAGCUUAAGUUUAGCGAGCCUACUACAGGGCCUUACGUUUACUGCAGACAUAUACGAUUAAUUUUUUUUUUGCGAGAAGGAAGAGUUACUUCCUAAUUUAAAACCGCCCUGCCUAAUUAAACUAAUUCUCGCCAUAUUAUGUAAUUUUGUAAAUAAUACGUCGCUCUGACAUAUCGACAGAUUAUGAUAAUUGAUUUAAGUUAAUCGUAC